AUUACAGGACAUGCUUCAAUGAUAGGAAAGCAAACAGGGAAAGUGACCUGUUAUGAUAUCAGAAGUAAAAGUUGUAAAUUUUGUGAGCAUCAUGAGGGAAAGAAAGACACAGUUCCAAGUCAUGACUGCUGUAGAAAUUGGUAUGGGUCUAGCAAGUCUAUGGAACCAGAUAUGGCUGUUUCCAUGGCACAUAAGAUGAAUGAUAAUGAAUGCCCGAUUGAUGUAAUUCAUGCUGACAAUGAUUCUACUACCAUGUUAAAACUGAAACUGGACUUUGAAAACUUGAAGAAAAAGGACGACCAAAAUCACACUACAAAGGGAAUAACAAAAUCACUGAUUGAAUUGUCUAAAAGAUGAAUGAAGCUGCACUUCUUUCACCUGGAGAAUAUACAAAAAGUAUUGCAAAGAAACUUGAUUCAGAAAAACUCAAGAGAAAGAUUAAGAGGCAAAGUCGUGAGUUCAAGAAAAAAAGGACUGAACUAAAGAAAAAAAGGAAUAAGAAAGAAAGGCGACUGAAUAUUCAUGAACCGGUUUCAUAUCAAUCUGAAGUUGCAACAAUAGGUUUAUCAGAUACUGAGGCUAUUACUAUACCAUCGCCAUUGAAAUUGGACGGCACAGAAUCCUUCACAUUUUUUGAUCUUGAAACCACAGGUUUAAGUAGAGUAAGUGAUAUUACUCAGAUAGCAGCUGU